CAGAGGUCCGCCAAAUCGAAGCAGCAAUGCUAGCUCUCCAGAUGCCCUUCCCGCGCCACGACCUCUUCGACCUGGUCGACGCAUUCGCGCACGCCCCGCCACGCUGCCACUCCUCCGAGCUCCGCGAGACCGAGGACGCCUUCCACCUCGCGUUCGAGGCGCCGGGCGUCCUGCCGUCGGACGUCGACAUCACGUUGGACGAGGGGGUGCUCCGCGUGAGGGGUGAGUCCAAGUUCGAGCGCAGCGGCCUCAACUACUGCGGCAAGAUCCACCGUGCUGUUGCUUUGCCCGCUGAGCGCAUCGACCCAGAGAAGGUGCAGGCCACGCUGGAGCACGGCUUGCUGCACGUGACGGUCCGCAAGCGGGCGAGGGCCGAGCCUAUCAAGGUUCAGGUUGCGACAAGCCAGCCCGCCGCCGAGGAGAAGGCCGAUGGCGCCACCGCCGCCGACGACGACGCGAUGGGCGACGACCAGUGAGGCGCCCCGUGUGCGCGGCGGCCGGGGCCGGCGCGCGCCCAAGGGCGAAGGGGCCAAGAGGCCCAAGCGAAGCGCGCUCAAAACCGCCUCAAUGCUCAAACCACAAACUUGAAGUGUGUGGGCCUGUGCUCUCUGACUCUGUGGUAGGGGGUCGGACUGUGUUUCGCCUUCCCAUCAAUCAAUCAAUCAAAACACAAAAGGGGGUACUGUAGCAGUGGAAUAGUCGUGGUGCGCGCUGUGUGACGGUACCAGAAAAAAUGCAGCGCUUAGCGCCCAGAGCUCCACGGGACCACGCUCAGCGCCCGCUCGUUGGCACCUUGCCCGCCCCGCCGCCGCCGCUGAUCCAGUAGGGGCAGGGCUCGGCCUCAUCGUGGAGGCCCGUGCUGAAGCGCAGCUCCCAGGUGCCUCGUGCCGCCUCGCCCACACAGGACCAGACCGACGAGCCGUCCUCCCGCAGGUUGGGGCACGCGCCCAGCAACUCCCACAUCAGGCUGGCGCACAUGCCCUCCGGUGACCGCACGAGCGGCGGCGAGGGCGACGAGGGCGACAGCGGAGGCGGCGACGGAGGGGUGGGGCAGACGUUUGGUGGCGCGGUGCCGAGCUUGGCGAGGGCGGCCUCGCGCCGGUUGCCGUCGCAGCCCGCUCCAUCGUUGAAGGGCGGCGGGUCCACCAGCCAGUGGUCGUGGUUGGUCUGCACGAGCGCCCAGCGGGAAGCUCCCUUCUCGCCGCCGCCCUCCUCGUCGCCCGCGCCGCUGUAGUCAAAGAGCGUGCGCACGUCCGCGGCGGUGCGGCGGGCGCGGGUGAUGACGGCGCCCUCUCCCCUGCGCGUGCCUCCGAUCGUGAUGUAGGAGAGGCCUCCCUGCGGCUCGGUGGCGAGGAAGCGCAGCG